GCGUCAUGCGGACUCGGGUGUCGCGCAGUAGAAGCCGUUAAAACCUGUAGGCUGGAGCUGACAGAUAAGCGGAUAUGGGCUCUGCUCUGCGGCGUCGCUGGCUAGUGGUCCAACUCCUGAUGCAGGUGUGGUUGGCGGCAAAUCCAUCUUUGAGCGAGCGCCAAUGCCCGAAGAGCUGUCGCUGUGAUGGGAAAAUUGUCUACUGUGAGUCGAGCGCCUUUCGAGAUGUCCCCAAGAACCUCUCUGGAGGCUGUGAAGGCCUGUCUUUACGGUACAACAGCCUCGCCAGUCUUCGAGCAGGCCAGUUUGUAGGCCUCAACCACCUCAUCUGGCUCUACUUGGACCACAAUUACAUUGCCACUGUGGAUGGAAUGGCCUUUCAAGGGGUCCGCAGGCUCAAGGAGCUUAUCCUGAGUUCCAACAAGAUCACGUCCCUCCACAACACCACAUUCCACCCUGUCCCUAAUUUGCGAAAUCUGGACUUGUCGUAUAACAAACUGCAAGCCUUGCAGCCAGGGCAGUUCCAGGGCCUACGGAAGCUUCUCAGCCUACACAUACGGUCAAAUUCCCUAAAAACCGUCCCAAUGCGUCUUUUCCAAGAUUGUAGGAAUCUUGAGUUUCUGGAUCUGGGAUACAACCGCCUUCGCAGUAUCACACGGAAUGCAUUUUCAGGCCUAGUGAAGCUCACUGAACUGCAUCUGGAGCAUAAUCAGUUCUCAAAGAUCAAUUUCUCUCACUUCCCUCGCCUCUACAAUUUGCGGGCGCUAUACCUGCAGUGGAAUCGCAUUCGCUCAAUGAGCCAGGGCCUGACCUGGACUUGGGCCUCCAUCCAGAAACUGGAUCUGUCUGGAAAUGAUUUGAUGGAAGUGGAUGCUGUGGUUUACCAAUGCCUACCCAACCUGCAGACCCUCAAUCUGGACUCUAACAAGCUGACCAACAUCUCCCAGGAGGUGGCUGAUGCCUGGAUCUCUCUGACCACGAUUAGCUUAGCUGGGAAUGUAUGGGACUGUAGCCCCGCAAUCUGUCCUCUGGUGUCCUGGCUGAGGAAUUUCAAAGGUGCAAAGGAGACUACGAUGAUCUGCGCCUCCCCCAAGAAAGCCCAGGGUGAGAAAGUGAUGGACGCUGUCGAAGCUUUUGGUGUUUGUCAAUCAAACCAACCGACAACGCUCACUGUGAGUAUUCCUCCAGCCCCGUCCAGCAUCCCUGUGCAGACUGAAAGCCGCCCGGCUAUUCUGGCUUCACCCACUAGUUCUAUCAGAGGCCCCACAUUGUCAGCUGUUACCCCCCCUGUGGCACCUCCGGCAGAACAAGACAUGGAGCCUGUCUCCUUCCAUAAGAUUGUGGCUGGAAGCGUCGCCCUUUUUCUAUCGGUUGCCAUGAUCCUGUUGGUUAUCUACGUGUCUUGGAAGCGCUAUCCUAGUAGCGUCAAGCAGCUGCAGGAGCAUUCGGCAGCAGCCCGUAAACGUCGCAAGAAAGCUAGAGAGACGGAGCGCACCCUGAGCUCUCCACUGCAGGAGUACUAUGUGGACUACAAGCCCACCAAUUCCGAGGCCAUGGACGUGCUUGUGAAUGGGACCGGACCCUGCACCUACACCAUCUCAGGCUCCCGAGAAUGCGAGGUCCCCCACCAGUUGGGCGCGCUGACCUUCUACCGCUAUGAACAGCCUAUCGUUGACUACUGCCAGGCCCAUCAACCCCUGCGGCUCAACAUGGGCUAUGAGGGACCCCCACAGGGCCUGGAGGGCCUGGAGGACCUGGGACCGUGUGAUAGGGGAACCAUUCAGACAGUGGCGCUGCCUGCCGUGCCCACUGCCGCCAGCAUAGGUGCCCCCGUGCCAGGGCCUCGUUCUCCUCCAGCAGUCCUCAGACCUCCAACUGAAGGUCCAAGUGGCGUGUCUUAUCCUACCAUCGAACGCACCGGCACACUCAAAUUUGGACGUUAGCGAGCCGAAUCUGGUGGUUAGAAAGUGGGGCAAGGGCCUCUGACUCACCGUGACUUUCUAAUGAAGGGGCAGGUGAGCUGGUUAUUCAGUGGGGCCUUGUCCUUAGAACAUGAAUAUGUGAACUAGAGGACAAAACUUUUCUAAUUCUGCCUGAAGGGACUUGGAAUCUGAAACACACAGUCUCACUAAUAUACAGCAGAGCGUGGGACAUCCUUGCAGAUCCUUUUUAUUUCUUUUUUUCCAAAGCUCCUCACAUAAAACACGUCUGAAUCAUGGGAGGUAAUCCAGCGUAUGUCAAAAAGUAUUACCUUGUUUCCAAAUCUGGGUCUUGGCCAUAUCCCAUCAUGGGGCCCCUGUUCACAGCAGUCCACAUGUACUAAGUCUGGAAUAAAAGGGAAAGUGCAAUAAACACGAGUUCUCCAUCACAGAAAGUGCGAGCAGUCACAUAAAACAGAAACAGGAAGAGGGUGGGGCUUCUUACUGUGAUUAGUUUUAAAAUAUUUAGUCUGUAUAGUUGUUAAAAAAAUACAUUUAUCAAUUUUUUCACAACGAUGAGUCAUUCUCUCAAGACAAUGUUAUAGAAUUCUUCAUUCUUUAAACUAGUUUUCUGUUGUUUCUGUUGACAUAGGAGUUCACACUGAUUUCUAUUAUGUGCAUGUCAAACCAAAGAGUUUACUUACAUUUUUGUUGUUCAAUGCACAUACGCUACUCUAUAUGAGAGCAUUCUUAAAAUGGUCUUCUAAACCAGCCCCUGCCAACUUACUUCCACAAUUUCAACCACAUCCCAUGCUGGGUUCAAAGUACCAAUGCAAGUGAGGUAGCGAAAAUCUAAUUUUACAGAUAUUUAUCAUAAUAAUUAACUGGUCCUACCAACAUUAAUUUUAUUGUUAUUCAUGAUCUAGGAGACACAAUGAACACCAACAACCAGACAAACAGUUCUGGAGAGACAUUAUGGUAUGUUACAUAAUAUUCAAUGAACAUUCAUGGGAUCUUUUCACAGCAGGUCUUGUAGGUGUAUAUGAUUAUAUCCCAGCUGGACGACUCACUAUGCUUUAAAGAGGUAACCAUUGGGAAUUGAUGUGGUUACAUUUUUGGAAUGCAAAGUAUUGUACAUAUUCUUACAAAAGGUCCACUUUACCGAAGGUCAAACCACUCUCACUGCCCCAAACAGUCAACUGAAACUAAGUCAAUGUUUGACUUUGGUCACACUGGACAAUUUGGAGCUCACCAUCUUGCAGGGUUCCCAAAAGCUAAGGCCUUGUGCUCCCAUCAACCCUCCACUACAGAGAGCAGCAGUUUCUAGUGGGGGCAUGUUGAACCAGCACGCUGACUUCUCUUUAACCUGCGUAUGACCCCAAGGACUGUAAACGCGUGGGAGUAUUGCCUGACAUUUCCCUUUUUUUUCCAGAAGGCUUGUCUGCAGUGCGGGACUAGUGCACUCGUAGGCUUUAGCCACCCUGCCAAGCACUGCUAUUCACCGACUUGUGAAGCUGAUGAGGACUUCAGAAACGGCUGUGAUGGCCUGUCAGAUAUCAUCUACAGAUUAAUCGGAGCAGUGCAACCAGGGGCGAUUUCUUCAUGUCAGUGGUCAUACCCACGGGAGUUGUGGAAACUGUGCUUUGUCCUCCCAUGGUGUGACUGAUUGAUCUACAUGAAAUUGCAAGGGGCCAACAUUUACCCACAGAUAGUGGGUGUAUCCUCAAGAUAUUAGAGAAAAAAUGUUUUUGUUUUUUCUUUGUUUGGUUAUUUGAUCUUUUCGGCUUGGAACUUGGAACAUAAAAGACUUGUGUUCAAAGAUGAUGUCAAGAAAUUCUAUAAGACUAAUCAAUGGACAAACUCGAAUAGAACUUAUUUAUCGUGUAAAUAGUGAAUCUUUAAAGAUGGAGGAAAAAAAAGUAUGAACUUCACUUCUUCUGAAACACAUACUGCUUGUGAACAGAAGAGGAGCCUUAUUCAGUUUCCGGCGGGAGCCAAGAUGACUCGGAGAAGAGGUUCCUACUGUACCGCUCCUGUUGUUUAAUGAUAAAUAUUUUUAUAUCUGCUCCCGACACUAUUGUACCAUUAAACACCAAUUAUGUUACUGAGGUUAUUUCUCAAAUCCAAUCAUUUUACUGAAUCACGGGAAGAAGGGAAUUUCGGGAGCCCUGUUAUUAUGACAUACCACAAGCGUCAAACCUCAUAGAGAUCCACAUUUUCUGUUCUGACUUCAGACAUGUUUCCUCUUGCAGGAGGUGGCCGCACGAUGUGUUGUUAGGUACAUCCCAAUCUAACCCUCUUGUUUUAGAAUUAUAACGGUAUCUGCCAUUUCACGGCCUACUCGGGGAGAAGAAGUGUGCUUUUCUUUACACCAAGAGUUUAACUUGGGAAGGAUGUUUCUUUUUGAUGUGCCAUCAUUUUGUUAAAUGUUUUUACCAAAAACCAGCCCCAAAAUAAGAAGUGACCGAAAACUUUUCACGUCUAAGAAGGGUUCAGUCCCCUUCGUGUACAGGACAUUGCAUAAAAAAAGCAGUUGAUUCGCUCAGUACGGUUGCUUAAUAGUGCUGGUGGAGUUUACUUUGUAAUAGCGGUUGUGCCAAUGUCUUUAUAAUGGGAGCUCUCUCGAUUCUAUCCAUGUAUUGUCUUGCCUUGCUCUAUAUCGCCCCUGCUAACUCCUUGGCCUGAAUUUCAUGUCUGCCUCCGGGUGAUUCGGGUGAACCUGUUUAAUGAUGUUCUAUUUCUGUCCGCAUGCUGAUAUUUUGGGAAACUAUGCCCGGUUAGGGAAGAACGCUGAACCAGAGACAAACAGUAUGGGAGAUAUUUCCUGUCUGGAAUGCCCUAGAACCAGCAACACGUAUCAUGGAGGACUUCACUGUUUUUAAAGCAACUUGUUUGCUGACCCAUUCCUGCCCCUGGCUCGCCUAAAGUAGGAUUCCCUGGUACAAUACAAGCCAGAAAAAAGAGGCCUGUUUGGACACUCACUCCAGGGACAGCCUUCCCUUUUUUUUUUAUUGGUCUCCUGCUAAAGCCCAGUGCCCCAUAUGUAGUAAUUACUUCAGUGUUCAGCAGUGAUAAUGGUUCAAUUCAGUCUAAACACGGUGAUCAAAGCCACCUUCAUGUGUAAUUAGGAAAUGCUAUUAAAACCUUUGUCUAGUCACAAUUAAAUCAACUACUAAUAAGCGAUUGAUUAAUCAUGACUGCCUCCCUGAUAAAUCGUAUAUGUUCAGCAGAAUGUUCCAAUCCGGCUGCCAGUAAUUAUUUCAUCUUUUGUCCAUUUUUUUUCUCGCCAUCAGAGAACUGGAAGCACAGGCGCUGCAUGCUAAUGAUGCAUGUUAGAGCUGAACCCCAGGACCGUCUGCGCUAGCCACGCCACACCAACAGGCUUUAUUUUCUCUUCUGCCUUGUUUGUUUAUGGUUUUGUACGCCCCGAGCUCCCCUCCCUCUCCCCCGCCCCAUCCUCCAGUCUUUGAGUUUGGUCCCCAUUGGGAACAUUUGUCUUUUUUUCCCGUUUCUUUUCUUUUUGCUUCUGGGGAGUUGAAUAAAGUUCUAACGGAAUUGCACAGAAAAGUUCCAUAUUUCACAGUUCAUACGCAGAGGAAAAGAUAAAUGCAAAUCUCCAAGGAAAAGAGGGAGGGAACAAGAGAUGCUUUACAAUUUGGAGUAGUAAAGGGACAAAAGCAAAGUGCAAGGACAUAUUAAAUCAGAAUGAAGGCCCUGUGACGUUUUUGAAUGCUUUAUUUCCAUCUCCGAGACGUGACGCAAACUGCUUUAGCCAAACUUGGAUAGCGGCAUCAUACACAUAAGUAUACAUUUGGUACAAACAGACCAAAUUAAAACCCCAAAUCAAAUCAACUUGCAUUUGCUUAACUGCACCUCUCUAUUUUCUUUUCUACUGGAGAAAACCGAAACAUUAAAACACAAAGACACAAAGAAAAUAACCAUCAAAAGGGCAACACACACGCCUUGAUAGAUGAUAAUAAAGUACUCCAGCUUUUGACACUCCCAUCCAUUUCAGCACACCCAAGGCCAUCUGCAACGCUUCAGUAGGUUCUAAUCCAUUACCUCAUAAAUAGAUUUGAAAAAUUAAUUCCAAGUCAGACGUGGAGUUGCAGCUUUUCCUCCUCUACCAUACAUCUGUGUCUUACCCACAGGCGACAUCGGGGCAUACCCAUGCAACGCACGGUCAUGACUCCACAAAGUCAGUACGUAAACAUGCGGAUAGGAAAGCAGGAAAAAACAAAAAAGAAAAUUAAGCAAAUUCUCCCAUCUGCUACUUCUAGACUCAUAAUUUAAGUUUCUGUGUGCUGUUAGUGUGUGUGCAGACUGCAAAGUGGUAAUAAUUAAUAACUUUCUCGUGCUGAAGGCAGAAAAUGGACACUCGAUGCAUUGCUAGUUAGUUAGCUACCCCGCAUGUACCCAGGUGGCCUGUGUGUGUGUGUGUGUGUGUGUGUGUGUGUGUGUGUGUGUGUGUGUGUGUGUGUGUGUGUCUAUCUAAAGCAGCACCUUGUCCUCUACCUCCUCUGAACCAACGCCACCAUUACUGAUGUUCAGGCCAACACGCUCCCCAUUGAUCGUUAGUGUUCCACGCUGUUUCACGUUAGCAGGAAGUCUUUAACCUGUGACCCACAUUGUCCUGACUCUGUUUUUCUGCCAUUGCUCAUGUCAGAGGGAACACAGAAAGUGAAGGCAUGAUCAUUAACCUCUGUCAGGGAUACACACUUUUCCGUUUGUCUGCCUUUACGCCCCUAAUUGGAUUUAAUGUGAGCACCGUAGAAAAGGAAGCUUUUUAUUUAAAUAGUCUGCAUUCUAGACUUGCUGUUGAAUUGAGAGUGCAGUGAGAGAGAAAAGCAGAGGGAAACUGAUAGAAGCAAUAUCAGGAUUGGUCUUCGUUGGCUUGCAGGCUCAAAGUACUUUCCCAAUUAAUUUUGUUUAGCUGCCAAGCUUCCCAUAAAAACCAGGGGAUCCCUGCUCCUUCUCAUGAAUCUCCUGCAGAGCAUUGGUUUCUGUAGGAUGUAAAUAUGCGCUGCAUUGUUUUUUCUUUGGUUUUUUUUGUAGUCGGUUUGUUGUUGAGUUUCUUUUUUUUUUAUUAUCUGGAUUAUUGUUCUUUUUACUGUAUUCAGACUUAACGCAUUUUUGUGGAGACCUGGUCCAAGCGCAAAAAUAUGGCUCCUCUUUGAGUAUAUUAUUGUCAGAAAAUGUUUUGUAAAAAUUUUGAUGAUGAUAUCAGAAAUAAACAUCUAAAGAUGGGAGCUGUGAUGUCUUGUUUUUUGGCAAAUAUAUUGCAUUGUACUACAAGGGAACCUUACAAAAACCUAGUUGUGGGCACUUCUGUGAGCCUGUGAACACAGUCAUAGUGUCAAUAGGACUGUGGAUGGCUCCUGUGCCCUGAAAGUAGUAGGAGUGUA